GUGGGGAGAAGGUCAGCAAGAAAACAUGUGAGCAAAGGAAUCUGUGUCACAAAUAAGUUCAAGGGAAGGUACUGUGCCUGGAUGUGCACGUAGGCCAGAUUUAUGCUUCUCUCCACCCAAACAUCUCAGCGUAGCAACAAGUAACACAGCAGCAUUGCCGCCAGCAUAUCUCGCCUCCAGCCACAGGGCAGUUUUCUUCUGUCUCCGAAUAGAAUGAAUGUACGAUCCGGUUUUACACUGAGACAUUCCGUUCCCAGGGGCAUGCAGGAGACAGAGGCCUUCCUCUUUUACUCAUCCUCCUCAUCACAGACCCUUUACUGGUGUCCAGCUGGGGGACGGUCAGGUCUUCCCUUCCCAUGAGGCCAUAUCUCAGGCUGUCUCAGUUGGGGGAGACCUGGACAAUUCUUGGGCAGAGGUCCCUGCGGCUUUCUGCAGUACAUUGUGUCCCUGAUUAAUCGAGAAUGGAGAAUGGCGAUGACUUUUACCAAGCAUACUGCCUGCAAACACAUUUUUAACAAAGCACAUCCUGCACAGCCCUAAAUCCCCUAAACCUUGAGACAAUACAGCACAUGUUUUUGUAAGCACAGGGAUGGGGCUAAGGUUACAGAUUAACAGCACAGGCAUAGAUCUCUUAAACCUCGCUUCCAUACAGCACAUGUUUCUGUGAGCACAGGGAUGUGGGCAGGGGGCUGUGGCCACUCUCACCCCCGACAGAGCCCAUGCUGGCUAGCCCCAUGCCCACUCUUUCUGGCUUGGGAGGCCCUGGCUGCUGCCCAGAAGGGGCAUCAAGGCCUGGGCCAUGGACAAGAGGGGAAGUGGAUUCCUUGGAAACCCUGCCCCUGGAACCCUCCCUGAGGCUCUGGCCCCUCUGUGGGCCCAGCCAAGCCUGGGGCAUCUCCAGGCCCUGGUGUGCUUGGGGAGCUGGCUGGCCGCUCUCGGCCUAGCUGGCGUCUCCAGAGCUGCGAUCCUGGGUGAGGGUUGCUGGUGGAGCUCUGACCACUUAAGGCGCCCGAGGGAGCCACAGGAGCAGAGGUGUGGGGUGGGGGACGCCAUGGGGCACCUCCACAUCCAAGGAGGGCUGCUGCUUCUCCUCACCCUGUUCUGUGGGGGUCCCGGCAGGCAGCCGCGGAACUGUGCAGGGAUGGGACAGGGCCCAGAUGUGAGACCGUGGUGGGGAUGGUGUGUGGCCCUGGAUGACCUCGUGUUGCAGUGUGACACGAUGGUCACUGCCACCAUGCUGAGGGCCUCAGCCACCAGUGACCCACCAUGGGAGUGCCUCUGCGUGAGGCGGAGGGGUCAUGGCGCGAGGGUCUGUGGAAGUGGCCAGGCUUCCCCACUCAGCCACACACAGGAUGGGCAUGGCAGGGUCAUGCUGGCCAAGGGCAGUCUUGGGAGAGGGACAGAGUAACUCUCUCUGUCUGUAGCUGAGUCCCUGCUGCUUCUGCACCUGUUCUGGGCCUGGCUAGUGGCCCAUGUACAUCCCCAGCAGGACUCCACGUGGCUGGUCUGGCACUCACCACUAUGGCCCCCUCACCCACGCCCUGGACUGGAUGCUGGGGAAAGGUGACUUCUUCCAUCCUUUGGGUGCUCCCCAGGGAGGAGGCCCCAGCUCCCAGCAGAGGCCUCUGGUCCCCCCUUGUCCCUGCAGGGCUGUGUGGACAAACUGGGUGCCAGUCGGAAGGGCAGGUGGCGAUCCCAGCUCUUGGGAGCUACACGGCCACAUCCGGGCCCUGCCCAGACCCUCCAGGGGCACCCCACACUCCUGCCCCCUGCGAGGCCCCGCCCCCCACCUGCCCGGCCCCUGUUGUCGCUUGGACAAACCCUGGCUGGCUUUCUUCGGGCGCCAUCACUCUGUUUAGGACCCUUUCCCUCCCGCCCUUAGGGGCAGCAGAACGGUCUCCGCUUUCCUGGCCCUGCCUUAGAGUGGGACACCUGCCAGGAGCAAGUGCUGGGGAGGCUUGGCCGGCACAGCAGGGACUGGCCCUAGCGCAGCUCCGGAUGGGGCCACGGUGGGAGAACGAGCCAGUGGGGCGGGAGGCCGUGGAGAUGGCCCAGGGGCCCUCGGCUUCCCCGCGCCGUGCCCAGGAGGGACCCCUGGGCAGCGGCCAUGAGGCGCGGGGUGUUGGGGCGCACAGUCCCGGGCGCGGCACUGAAGCAGCGACUGCACAGGCGCCCCACGGCGACGGUCUCCAUGGGGACAGCGGGCGCCGGGAACACGUGAGGCCUGGAGGGAGGAGCGCGCCCUGGCGGCCCCGUGACCCCGCUCACGUGACGGGCACCCGCGGAAGGCGACAUGGGCUGCGCUGCUUGGGCCCCGGUCCUCCUGCUGGCGCUCGGUCUGCGCGGCCUCGAGGCGGGGGCCCGCAGCGCCCCGGACCCCGGCUUCCAGGAGCGCUUCUUCCAGCAGCGUCUGGACCACUUCAACUUCGAGCGCUUCGGCAACCAGACCUUCCCCCAGCGCUUCCUGGUGUCAGGUUCUGGAUCCGGGGCGAGGGGCCCAUCUUCUUCUACACCGGGAACGAGGGCGACGUGUGGGCCUUCGCCAACAACUCGGGCUUCAUCGUGGAGCUCGCGGCCGAGCAGGGCGCUCUACUGGUCUUCGCGGAGCACCGCUACUACGGGAAGUCGCUGCCGUUCGGUGCGCGGUCCACGCAGCGCGGGCACACGGAGCUGCUGACGGUGGAGCAGGCCCUGGCCGACUUCGCAGAGCUGCUCCGCGCUCUACGGAGCAACCUCGGGGCCCAGGACGCCCCCGCCAUUGCCUUUGGUGGAAGUUAUGGGGGGAUGCUCAGCGCCUACCUGAGGAUGAAGUACCCCCACCUGGUGGCAGGGGCACUGGCAGCCAGCGCGCCUGUUCUAGCUGUGGCAGGCCUCGGCGACUCCAACCAGUUCUUCCGGGACGUCACGGUGGACUUUGAGGGCCAGAGUCCCAAAUGCACCCAGGGUGUGCGGGAAGCGUUCCGACAGAUCAAGGACUUGUUCUUGCAGGGAGCCUACGACACGGUCCGCUGGGAGUUUGGCACCUGCCAGCCGCUGUCAGAUGAAAAGGACCUGACCCAGCUCUUCAUGUUCGCCCGGAAUGCCUUCACCGUGCUGGCCAUGAUGGACUACCCCUACCCCACCGACUUCCUGGGUCCCCUCCCCGCCAACCCUGUCAAGGUGGGCUGUGACCGGCUGCUGAGUGAGGCCCAGAGGAUCACGGGGCUGCGAGCGCUGGCAGGCCUGGUCUACAACGCCUCGGGCUCCGAGCACUGCUACGACAUCUACCGGCUCUACCGCAGCUGUGCUGACCCCACCGGCUGCGGCACCGGCCCCAAUGCCAGGGCCUGGGACUACCAGGCCUGCACCGAGAUCAACCUGACCUUCGCCAGCAACAAUGUGACCGAUAUGUUCCCUGACCUGCCCUUCACGGAUGACCGCCGCCAGCAGUACUGCCUGGACACCUGGGGCGUGUGGCCCCGGCCCGACUGGCUGCUGACCAGCUUCUGGGGGGGCGAUCUCAGAGCUGCCAGCAACAUCAUCUUCUCCAACGGGAACCUGGACCCCUGGGCAGGGGGCGGGAUUCGGAGGAACCUGAGUGCAUCAGUCAUUGCCAUCACCAUCCAGGGGGGUGCGCACCACCUCGACCUCAGAGCCUCCCACCCCGAAGAUCCUGUUUCUGUGGUUGAGGCACGAAAGCUGGAGGCCACCAUCAUCGGCGAGUGGGUAAAGGCAGCCAGGCGUGAGCAGCAGCCAGCUCUGCGUGGGGCGUCCGGACUCAGCCUCUGAGCACAGGGCUGGAAGGGUCUCAAGGCUCCUCAUGGAGUGAAUGGAGGGAGGAGGAGGCUGCCCCAGCCCUGCCCUGUGUUUGCACCUUCUGGGUCCCCGAAGCUCAGCCCACCGUGGCCGGCCCAGCGUGUGGGCUUCACUCAAGAAGCAGCUGGCGGCACAGGGAAGGAGCUGAAUAAACGCCUGGAAGACUGGC